CUCGCUCACUGGCACUCAUACCUCAUGAGCCCACAAGUUGUAUCCUUAAGCAAUCACGUAUCAAUUAUUCAAGUUUGUCGGUGAUCGCUAUAGGUUUAGAAAGUGCAGUGCUCCUGGCCACCGACCUGAUGGAAUCAUGGUUUACCACAGCACCAGAUCUGAUAGUUAAAGCGCAUACUUUUGCCAGGUUUCAAGUGAACUUUUUCCUGUAUCUUCCCCACAUUGCUGCAGUCGGAUGGCUGUCUCAAUAAACGUAAUUCAAACUGUAGCUCUCGUAUGCGAGGCGCUUUUGUAUGGAGUCUACUGCGUGCUAUUCGUCAUCUCUUUCGUAAUUCUCGUCAAACGAUAUCGAUUAUCUAACCCAGUAAUCUGGGUUGCAAACUGCCUCCUCUUUAUGACAUCGACAGCUCAUUUUGCGUUGGCUUUCAGCCAUUUCUACACUGCACUCGAGUAUGCUCCGUUUUCAGGGUUCACCAACGAAACUCCUGCAUUGAUGGGAGCCAAUUUAUUGAGUUCUGUUGCAGAUCUAGUGGGAGAUUUGCUCCUAAUAUACCGAUGCUGGCUUGUCUGGGGGAAGAAUUCUUAUGUGAUUGUUCUCCCACUGCUCGCUGCUCUUGGGGGCUUUGGGUGUAUCUUACCCAUACCAUCCCUUUUAUUGUCAAUCGACCCGACAUCGCCAGUUCCCCCAACUGAGAUCGUACCCUUGACUAUUGCCGGAUAUGCUUUACCUCUUUGCACAAACAUUAUUGUCACUGGGCUCAUCGCUGGUCGCCUCUGGUACAUAUCUCGCAUCCCCAUCUUAGACGAGCAUGGAACGCCAGCGAUUUUGAAAAUCGCGGCUGGCGGGCGCCCGAUGAUGCUAAUCAUCGAAAGCGGUGCUCUGUAUAUGAUCACGCAACUCAUAUUUGUCGUUCUCGUAGCCAUUGGAAAUCCCGCGGAGGCGAUAUUAAGUUUCGCUUGGGACACAAAUAUAUGUGAGUCCUCGUACAUUUUAGGUAUUGCGUCCACUUUGAUUAUAAUUCGUGUUGGGCUGGGGAUUUCGUCUGAGCAGACUAUGUCGGCGAUGACGUUGACUCAAGUGGAGUUUCAUUCCCAGCGACAAGAUACCACAGGGACGCUCUCAGUUGGCACAUGGAGAAAUGAUCGCUCCGUUUAAUUCUCCAUUAGCUGCCAGAUCGGGUGUGGAGCAGCGGUCAUCGGAUCGACCUUUGAAUAUUUCAUAUUACAAGUGAUGUAUGCGUGUAGAAGGGCUAUAUGAUGAAGUUGCUUACAAUUUAGGCAUAGAACGGAU